AUGCACAAUACACAUACAUGCAUAGAUACCGAUUCCGAGCCAGAAGCCUCGCAGCAGCAGGCGCCCAUGGUGAAAGCAAGUCGAUCACUUGAUCCAGUCGUCCCGGGAUCGGCUGCGUCACCCUUGACGACGGCACAGAGCGUGUCAGGGUCUAUCCAAGCCGUCAUCGUGCGGUGUGAGGUUGAGAAACGCAAAUUUCCGCCUUGGUCUACCAUCAGGAUCACGGAAGAUCACCCUGUCUUCUCGCGGCCUGUGCCUGACGUCCCAAGGCUCAUUGAGGUUCCGGUAGUCCUGUACCGGCUAGGCACUCAGUCCAGAAACCAGGCCGACCUUGACAAUCAGAUUGCCACGUACCUUAAUAUCGAUGCCGAUUCCGGGUUUGCGCUCCCGGAGUGGCAGUCAUAUGUUGGCACUAUUGUCGUUGCAUGUAAGGACAGGAAGUUGCUGCUGCCGCAGUAUCUUGAGGGCGUGUGGAUGUACUGCGAUUGCAUUCUAGACCUCUUUGGUGAGGGUGAAGGCGCGCUGCGAAUGCUGUACAGCCGAAAGGCCUUUGAAGAUUGGUGGAUGGGUUAUUGCGAGGAAUAG